AUUGUUGCAUCAAAGACAUGAAGUAUUAGAUCUCCAGCACAAUCAGCGGAUAGGAUGGCAGGCUCAAACGAAUGUUCUAUCUCAAAAGACAAAUUUGUGUUACUUGAGACGUAGAACGUCGAUAUAAACACGCUUUGUAUUCGUUCUUCUCAAUUGUAGAAAGAUGAAAACUACAUCAUGUAUGACCAUUCAUUUUCUAGUUUGCGUUUUGAGUCUUUCUUACGUUUUAGUUGACGGUGAGCAUGGUCAUAGCCAUGGAGGACAUGGCCAUAGCCAUGGCGGACAUGGACAUAGCCAUGAAGGACAUGGACAUGGUCAUGGAGGACAUGGACAUCUAGACCCAGAUGAUUACCAUCAUGAAGACCACAGACAUUUAUACUACAAACCACAAGAGGAAGACGAUCAUGAACACAAAGAACAUGAUCAUGAAGGACAUGGCCAUAGUCAUCAUGGACACGGCCAUUUGGACCCAGAGGACUAUGAACAUGAGGAUCACAGGCAUUUGUACUACAAACCGAAAGACGAACCAAAACACAAACAGGACAACGAAGCCACGAAAGAACAGGUUCAUGAUGAGGAGAAACACGAAGGUCAUAGUCAUGAGCACGGACAUGGACAUAGUCAUGAGCAUGGACAUGGACAUAGUGCAGGCCACAGUCAUCACAGCAAAGACCACGCUCACGAAGAGAAAGCUGAAAGUUCAAAACCCACCAAAGACCGAUUUGCCGUAUCGACUUGGAUUAACGCACUGGGAGCAACGUUUUUGAUCAGCGCUGCUCCGUAUUUAUUGCUUUUUUUCAUCCCUCUUGACAAAAACACAGACGAGCAGCGACCCUUUCUAAAAGUUCUGUUAAGUUUCGCUUCUGGAGGAUUGUUGGGAGAUGCGUUUUUGCAUUUAAUUCCUCACGCAGUAUCGCCACAUUCGCACGGAGAAGAAGACGGUUCUCAUUCUCAUUCCCACUCUCAUUCUCAUGGAGAAGAGGGCCAUGGACAUGACCACGAUAGAAACAUGAUUGUUGGACUAUGGGUUUUAGCUGGAAUUGUUGUUUUUUUAAUGGUAGAGAAGUUUGUACGAUAUGUGAAAGGCGGACAUUCUCACAGUCAUAGCCAUGUCGUGCCCGUUGAGACGAACAACGGAAAGACGAAGAACGACAACGACCAAAAUGAGCAGGAAAAAAACGCUGAAAUCAAAGAUGGUGAUGGUGAACAAAGCAACAGUAGCAGUGAGCAAAGUAACAGUGAACACAGUAACAGUGAACAUAAUCAUGAUGAUUCUGGUGAUAUCAAGGUGGCUGGCUAUCUGAAUCUUGCAGCUGACUUCACUCACAACUUCACAGAUGGACUGGCAAUUGGAGCUUCUUUUCUUGUGAGUAGGAAUCUAGGAUUGAUAACAACCAUCACAAUCCUCCUACAUGAAGUACCGCAUGAGAUAGGAGAUUUUGCAAUUCUUAUUCAAUCUGGGUGCUCAAAACGCAAGGCAAUGCUUCUUCAGUUGACCACAGCAACUGGUGCAAUGGCUGGCACUAUAUGUGGCCUGCUUGCUGAAGGUACUGGAAGCUCUGCAGCCACAUUAUGGAUCUUACCAUUUACUGCUGGUGGUUUCAUAUAUAUUGCUACAGUAUCUGUUAUUCCUGAAUUACUAGAAGAUAGCAAGUUAUGGCAAUCCAUUAAGGAAAUCCUUGCACUCUUUGUGGGGGUUUUCAUGAUGGUUUUGAUUGCAAAAAUGGAGUAAUUAUGACCACACCAACAUUUGACAAUAAUAAACUAGGUGCAAAAUAAUGCCCCAAAAUAUUCCUUACUUUCCACUUUUGGCCCAUUUGUCUUAUUUACAUAGGGCCUUUGCUGGAAGGUAAUUAGGCUGUAUUUUCAUACAUUUAUGUUAUUUUUGCAUGCAUUCUCAUCGUUUGCUUGCACAGUAUUAGCCCUGGAUUACGGAGGAGCAUUUUGUUUACAAAAGUUUACAAAGCCAGAAACUAUACCAAAAUGUUUACCUGAAGUUAUAUGUGAAGUGAAGUUGUAGAAAUAUGUUAAAUGCGUAUGGGAUUACUUACUAAUUUGAGUAUUAGAUAGUUAUUUUCUUUGGCAUAAUUUCUUAGAAAGUAUUUGGAGAUUUAUAGUGGAAAUUCAAUAAAAAUUAGUCUAUUCUCUCGCUUCGACACUAAGAUUUGUCUAAAGUAUAUAUAAUACUAAUUAUUAUAUGACUAGAAUAGUUCAUCGGUCCAUCAACUAAAAUCAAGCGUUCUGAUUGGUUCCUGAGCGGUCGGUAACCAACAGUACGGACCGGCCAGGUUUCUCUUAAUCGUUUUCAGUCAUAUAAUAAAUAGUUUAUUGACUGAGCUUGU